CUCACUACAAUAUUAUACUAAUGUUGUAAAUAACUAGACGUUAACUAUUGUGAGACUAAAAUCAUAUGUUUUAUUUGCAAACAGUUUUUGUCAGUCAAUGUAAACAUACAUUAAGUAUCACAUUAUUAGCCGCGAGAUUGUGGCCAACAAUGAGUGUUUGUGACCGUCGGAUACGUUGACCGAUAACAGUUGAUACCAAUCAUUUUAUAUUGUCUUACUGUCAGCUCCUGACCAGCUGUGGUCGUCAUACCAAUUGUCUAAAUCACAAAAACUCAUCACCCGUGCUAUCGGCAAUACUGGUGUAUGUCCAACAGUUACGAACCAAUUGACACCACUGGCCAAUCGGCGACAACCAUCCCCACAGUCACAAUGACGGUGCCGACCAAGUCAUACAUAUCGGUGGCCAUAUUGUUUGUCAUCAAUUUGCUCAACUAUAUGGAUAGAUUUACGGUUGCGGGCGUACUUUCAAAGAUCGAGUCCUACUAUUCCCUAUCUCACGGCCAGUCGGGUCUAUUGCAGACAUCAUUCAUCGUAUGCUAUAUGAUCUUUGCCCCAUUAUUCGGCUAUUUGGGUGAUCGUUAUUCACGCAAAUUGAUAAUGAUUUUCGGUAUACUGUUUUGGAGUGUCACCACUUUUAUCGGUUCAUUUGUACCGCAAAACUGGACGCCAAUGUUUUUCCUAUUGCGCGCACUGGUAGGCGUGGGUGAGGCCAGCUAUUCGACAAUAGCGCCGACCAUUAUUGCCGACUUGUUUGCGCCGGUCAUGCGAUCGAAAAUGUUGGCAAUUUUCUACUUUGCUAUUCCCGUUGGUUCGGGACUUGGCUAUAUUGUCGGUACAGGAGUGGCUGGAAUUACCGGCAACUGGAAGGACGCUUUGCGGGUAACGCCCGUUUUGGGUAUCGUGUGUACGGCAAUGAUCUACUUUUUUGUCCGCGAACCUAAAAGAGGCGAAUCAGAAGGCAUUACCGAACAAUGCGAACAAACCAAAGUUAUGGAUGACAUCCGAUAUCUGCUAACAGUGCCAUCGUAUUUGUGGUCAACAGUUGGCUUUACAUGUGUCUGUUUUGCUGUGGGUGCUCUGAGUUGGUGGGCGCCAACAUUUAUGGCGUACGCCUAUACGGCCGAUAAAAAUCCAAAAUCUGACGGAUGGAUUGGCCUUAUAUUUGGCGUCAUUGCCUGCAUCGGCGGAAUACUAGGUGUGGUUAUGGGCGCCGGCGGUUCCCAGUAUUACAAGAGAUUUAAUCCGCGCGCCGAUCCGCUUGUCUGCGCCAUCGGUGCAUUGGCCGCAGUGCCACCGAUAUUUAUAACAAUUACGUUUGCCCACUCAUCACAGGCGGCGGCAUUUUUCUUUGUAUUCGUCAGCAUAACACUGUUGAGCACCAAUUGGUCACUUGUGGCAGAUAUGCUACUCUAUGUGAUAACACCCAAUAGACGAUCAUUUGCCCAAUCGUUGCAAAUAUUGGUUUCGCAUUUGUUUGGCGACGCCAGCAGUCCUUUUGUUAUCGGAUUACUGAUGGAUACCUUUAAGAACCCCAAAUGGGAUACACCAGAGUUCUGGAGUCUACAGUACGCCCUAUAUCUGACACCAUUUGUCAUAGUGUUGGGCGGCUUAGCCUUUCUCUAUACAUCGCUGUACAUUGUCGUCGACAAAGACAAAUGCAAAAUACAAAUACAAGUGGACAGAUCUCGUAGUCCAUCUGAUACGUCCAUACACUCGUUGCCUUCCUGUGCGUCAAACACUCGGCCAUACAAUACUGGUAUCGACGAUAACAGUACAAUAGUAGAUCCGGAUGUCAAAUAUCUUAUGUCUCAAUAAUUGAUUACAAAUAUGAGAUUUUUAAUUGUUAUGUAAAUUAUAUAUAUUUAUACUGUAAAACUGAUAUUAUUACGAAUUGUUUUAUUUAUGUUAUUUUGAAUAAUAAUAAU